GGGGUCGCUUCCAAGUGGACAUGGUACCCGGCGACCACGACGUGGACGCCUCGAAGCAGGCACGCAACAAACAGAUCAUUGAUAAGCACAUGGGCUACAUGGCUGUUUCGAGGGCCCCUGUACUGUCCCCCAUUGAGGAAGGCGGCACCGUCAGGAGCGUCAAGGAAAUUCUGACUUCAUCCAGAGCUUCGUCAGUGUCGUCCUUAAAUGGAGAAGUCAAUCAUAAUGGGGAAUCGGAAAUACCGCCAACCAUCGUUGAGGAAGACGGAAAUCCUGAUGACGCUUUUCCGCUUCCGAUAAAAACGGAAAUGACUAGCCUCUUGACAUGCGUAUGCGCAUGCGCAGACCACAGUAAACCACAUGAUUCUGUUACAGUAGAAAUGGACAAUGAAGGCACGUUCCAAGGUCGUCUUCUUGUAGACAGAUCAGAACGUCCGAGCAUACCCGAAUCACGGUCGACCAGUUCUGAAAGAAUGAUACAACGCCCGGUCACACCGCCAAAACUUUGCUUGAGCGUUCCUGGAGCGGUGAAAAACAAUCAUCACCGCUCGCUACCGUUCACGACCGUUAAACAGAAGUUGGCCCCCGUUAAGGCAACGCCGUAUUCGCUCGGUCACCGCUGA